CAGUGCGGGCGUUAACGGAGGGAGGGGGGGGUGGCAGGGGGAGCGCCAUCUUUGGAGCGGCGAGUUGAGGGAGCAGCGCCAGCUUCGUCUGUUGUUUUUUUAUUCGUUAUUAUUGUCAUCGUUAUCAUCUUGUCGUCGUCGUCGUCGUGGUUAGCGCCACUUGGUCGUAUCGACGGGCGGGCAACGCGUUUUUUGUUUGUUUGUUUUGUUAAACCCACCGCCUCACGUCGCCAUCGCGGCCACCCUCAGCCGCCGCUCGGCGCGUGCGAGCGAGCCCAUGGCCUCCGAAGGCAACGCAGAGCAGGCACAGGAGUACGUUCCAGAGAAAGUGAAGAAAGCAGAGCGAAAACUUGAGGACAACCCGUUUGACAUCGAAGCAUGGAGCGUGCUCAUCCGAGAGGCGCAGAAUCAAGUUCCCGACAAGGCCCGGCGCAUCCUGGAGCGGCUCGUUAACCAAUUCACCAAUUCUGGUCGAUACUGGAAGACCUACAUAGAGGCAGAGAUAAAAUCCAAACACUUUGACAGAGUAGAGAAGCUGUUCCAGCGAUGUCUCAUGAAGGUUCUGCACAUCGAUUUGUGGAAAUGCUACCUCACCUACGUGCGCGACACCAAGGGAAAGCUGCCCAGUUUCAAAGAGAAGAUGGCUCAGGCCUAUGACUUUGCCCUGGACAAGAUUGGAAUGGACAUCAUGUCUUACCCAAUCUGGGUUGACUACAUCAGCUUCCUUAAGGGAGUGGAGGCGGUGGGCUCGUACGCGGAGAACCAGCGCAUCACGGCCGUGCGCAGGGUCUACCAGCGUGGAUGCGUCAACCCCAUGAUCAACAUCGAGCACCUGUGGCGGGACUACAGCAAAUACGAGGAGGGCAUUAACGUGCACCUUGCCAAGAAGAUGAUCGAGGAUCGUAGCCGAGAUUACAUGAACGCACGGCGCGUCGCCAAGGAGUAUGAGACCGUGACCAAGGGGCUGGACAGGAAUGCGCCGUCGGUGCCGCCCCAGAACACGCCGCAGGAGGCGCACCAGGUGGAGCUGUGGAAGCGCUACAUCCAGUGGGAGAAGGGCAACCCCCUGCGCACCGAGGACCAGACGCUGCUCACCAAGCGCGUGAUGUUUUCAUACGAGCAGUGCCUGCUGGUACUCGGCCACCACCCCGACAUCUGGUACGAAGCGGCGCAGUACCUGGAGCACUCGAGCAAGCUUCUCGCGGAGAAGGGGGACAUCAACAACUCGAAACUCUUUAGCGACGAGGCGGCCGCCAUCUAUGAGCGUGCCAUCAGCACCCUGCUACGCAAAAACAUGCUCCUCUACUUCGCAUACGCAGACUUCGAAGAGAGCCGCAUGAAAUACGAAAAGGUGCACAGCAUUUACAGCCGCCUGGCCGCCGUGGAGGACAUCGACCCCACGCUGGUCUACAUCCAGUACAUGAAGUUUGCGCGGCGCGCGGAAGGCAUCAAGGCGGGCCGCACCGUGUUCAAGAAGGCGCGCGAGGACAUUCGCACGCGGCACCACGUCUAUGUGGCGGCCGCCCUCAUGGAGUACUACUGCAGCAAGGACAAGGCGGUCGCGUUCAAGAUUUUCGAGUUGGGAUUAAAGAAAUAUGGCGACACGCCCGAGUAUAUCCUCGCGUACAUUGACUACCUCUCGCAUCUCAAUGAGGACAACAACACCAGAGUGCUGUUCGAGCGAGUGCUGACGUCUGGGAGCCUACCGCCUGAAAAAUCCAGCGAGAUUUGGGCACGCUUCCUGAGCUUCGAGAGCAGCAUCGGCGACCUGGCGAGCAUCCUCAAGGUGGAGAAGCGGCGCUUCACCGCGUUCCGCGAGGAGUACGAUGGCAAGGAGACGGCGCUGCUUGUCGACCGCUACCAGUUCAUGGACCUGUACCCCUGCUCUUCGUCCGAGCUCAAGGCUCUGGGAUACAAGGACGUAACGCGCGCUAAGAUGACGUCGUCCCAGCCAGACCCUGUGUCCGUCCCGUCGGCCGCGCCGACCUCCUCGGAGGAGGACGUAACGAGGAGGCCUGAAUACCCCAAGCCAAACAUCCACCAGAUGGCGCCGUUUCAGCCAAGACACAUGGCUCCUCCUGGCCUGCACCCUGUUCCGGGAGGAGUGUUCCCCGUGCCUCCCGCCGCCGUGCACCUCAUGAAGCUUUGUCCGCCCCCCUUAAGCUUCCAGGGCCCGUUCGUGCACGUGGACAAGCUGAUCGACCUCUUCAGGGAAUUCAAGCUCCCGGAGACGGUGGGAAAGGCGGUCGAGCUCAUCUCCCUGAGCCACGCGGCGGCCGAGGCGGCCGCGGCCACGGCGUCGGCGGCCGAGGGGAACAACGGCAGCGCCGACGGCGGCGCCCACCGGGGUCACGACCCCGUGCGCAGGUCGGGGGCGGUGAAGCGCUCGGCGGCGGACGACUCGGACGAGGAGGACGACAAGGCGAGGGUGGGCGGAGCGGCGUCCUCGUCCUCCGUCUCUUCGGCGUCGUCCUCGAACGCUAAACGGGCGAUGACUUCUACCACCCCGCCCGCCCAUGACAUUUACCGCGUGCGGCAGCAGAAGAAAGUGCGAUAGUGCCGCUACGCCCCUCCCCUCCCUCCCUCCCUCCCUCCCUCCCUCCCU